AUGCGUAAAUGCCGCUGCAAGGAUGCCGGAGUGCGGGCAAUGAGCGGAUACGCUACAGAGAGGCGGCAGUUCACAUGGAGAAGCUGGGAGAGGUUGACACGUCGCCGUUUAUACAUCGUAAAUGAAGCUGACUCCCAUCGCAACAUCAUUAGCGGCAGUGCUGCUCCCUUUCCGAGAUCUCAGAUGACGGUAGCCCCUGGUAUCAUCAUCUACAGCAUGCAUGGCCACGUCGUCAAGUUGGCCGAAGCUGAGAAAGCCAGCGCCGAGAAAGCAGGAGCAAAAGCUACCAUGUACCAGUUUGUCUCACUGUCUUAUGGUUUCUACCGAAGUGACUACGGUUCCGGUAGGGGCGGCAUUUUGGUAGGGGUGGGCGUCCCCUGGGUCUCCCCGCUUGGGGUUGACCCAGGACAAUCACCAAACUACUUCUUUGUCUUGCCGUCGACGCCUUCACCAUACCUGGGGGCCUUCUUGACCCGCCUCAUGCAAUGCUUUGACAGGCCAGUGUUAGAAAAUAGGCACUAUCGGGAGUACUUCAGGUGGGCCAUGCCACUGUUCGUCAAAAUUCGUCUUCUUUUCGGGGAAGGAUUUUACAGUUCAUAA